AUGGUGGGACAGGUUUUGGGAAAGAAAUAUAUGCAGGGACAGGUUUUGGGAGAGAAAUAUAUGGUGGGACAGGUUUUGGGAGAGAAAUAUAUGGAAGGACAGGUUUUGGGAAAGAAAUAUAUGGUGGGACAGGUUUUGGGAGAGAAAUAUAUGGUGGGACAGGUUUUGGGAAAGAAAUAUAUGGUGGGACAGGUUUUGGGAGAGAAAUAUAUGGUGGGACAGAUUUUCGGAGAGAAAUAUAUGGUGGGAAAGGUUUCGGGAAAGAAAUAUAUAGUGGGACAGGUUUUGGGAAAGAAAUAUAUGGUGGGACAGGUUUUGGGAGAGAAAUAUAUAGUGGGACAGGUUUUGGGAAAGAAAUAUAUAGUGGGACAGGUUUUGGGAGAAAAAUUUAUGGUGGGACAGGUUUUGGGAAAGAAAUAUAUGCAGGGACAGGUUUUGGGAGAUAAAUAUAUGGAGGGACAGGUUUUGGGAAAGAAAUAUACAAUGGUGACUGCCACACUGGAAGCUGAGCCUGUGGCAGCCUGGAAGGGGCAACUGUACCGGGAGCCUACGGUGUCCCUUAGCUCAGGGUUCACCCCCUCGGGGGGCCCUGGCACCCCCACCCUGCCGGGCCCUGGAACCCCUGGGUUCCCUCAAAACUAUCAUGGGCCAUCACCCGGCCCACCAAACACAUCAGGACACGGCGGAGGCGGACCACCUCCUCCCCUUGUUCCCUGUGGUCCAGGAUCUGGUCCACACGGGUUUGUACCUAGUCCGUCUGCAGGUUCCGGGUCCAGUACACCAGGUCCAUGUAUCAUGGGACCUAAUGGACCAGCCCCCAUCUCCUCCUGUGGUCCUAUGAACAAUUGUGGACCUUCAAAUUUUCUACCUCCUCCAAGCUCUAAUUGUGGUCCAAUGUCGGGACCUCCCUUUGGUCCUGGUGGGCCGCAGUUUAAUGGACUGGGUCCUUGUGGACCAGGUGUGCCAAAUUCUCCCUCUAAUUGUGGACCUCCUCCUUCUAGUCAUUUUCGAGGCCAGUCACCGCCUCGACCUGGGUCCUCGGGACCACCUUUCCCCUUUGGUCCUGGACCUAACGGUCCAUGUGGACCGGGACCUAACGGUCCACCACCACAUUGUGGACCACCCGGACCCCAUCACCAGUUCCUUGGACCUCCUGGACCACACGGGUUCGGACCCCCGCAUGGUCCAGGAUUCGGGCCUCCACAUGGACCCAUGGGGCCUCAUGGACCUAUGGGACCACAUGGUCCACCUCACUUUAUGGACAGGAUGAAGCUCAAUUAA